UAGAACGACCAAAGAAUGCCAGUGAAUCGGACAUAAAGCACCUUUAUGAGAUGGCAAUUCUUACAUCAGUAAUAAUAGCAGCUGCUUUGAUAAUCAUUUUAUUGAUAUUUCUGAUGAUAAUGAUCAGCUCUAGAGCAUUUAGAAGAUUGAGAUUCUAUAAAGAAAAGUUACAAAAAGUAAAUGAAAGGUUACAAGGUACAGAGUUUUCAGAAUACACUGGUUUAGAUGAAACCAAUGUAGAGGGAAACGAAUCCGGUUAUAGAGAACUGUCUCCUAAUAUGCAACAGUGUUCAACAAUACGUAAUGCGCAUACACCAAGAGACCAGCUCGAUCACCAAGGUUACUUGGUACCUGAACAACAUUACCAAACCAUUCCAGAAAUCAUGCACUACGCUGAGACUGGUGUAUAAAAGGAAAAAAAACAUCAAUGGUUUGAGUAAACAAUAGUUAUAUGAUGGUUUUAGUAAACUAUAGUUAUAUGAUUGUGAUCUUAACGAUUUUGUGCUUUUGAAGCGAGAAAGAUUGAAAAACCCAACUGUCGAAUGAAAAAGAAAGAAACACACAUACUUAUAUUCAGCUACCUGUUAACACCUAUCUCAUAAUAAAUCAUCUAUGCUGUUUGUAUUUCUA